CAGGCCCUGCGCCGUUCGGAAAGGCGGAGGCUGGGGACUGGUUGAGCACAAAGGUGUCCAUACACUAGAUGCUGCUCCACCACCCUGAUGACUCGAAGUUGACAACUGUGAUAUGUGUGCAAUAAGACUAUGAUACUAUGGCGGGGUGAGAAUACAACGAGUAUCAAGAGUUGGGGGGAAAGAUCCUAGACGUCGCCGCAUAUGUGACGAUAGGAGGUGAGCAGUGCCGAUGUGGGUACCGAUCGGUACCGACGCCGUUAUGAAUUGCAGAGCGCCUUGCGAUCGGGAUGCGUGGUUAUCGUGUGGUGGCUGCCAUGUGGUCGGCACGUGUAGUCAUUGCUCGGUAGUCGUUGUCAUUCGGAUCGUCACAACGAUGGGGUUGUCAGCUGCUUGGCCUUCCCUGCCGCCAACAAGCCUGAGGCCGACAUCCGCUUGUUGGCGGCAGGGAGGUUGUCGGCGGCCUCAGGCUCGUCCGCGGCAGCGAUUUCGUCGGCAGCCUCGGCGACGUUGGCGUUGGAGAGGUUUUGUGACGGAACGGGUGGAGAAGGCGAAGAGGACAUGUACGGUCUGUCGCAAUGCAAAUGACACGAUUGGAUACAGUACUUCCCAGGAACUGUCCGCUGACAUAUGAGGGCAGUUGCGCAAUAACAAGGCACCUGUUGGUCGUACAGGCUUCACGACUGCAACGGGGGAGUUCCACACCGUUGCUGU